AUGAAGCCUCUACUUUGGCUCUACCAUGUUUUGUGUUUGGUUCCUUACUGCUAUGCGAUGCCCCAAAUUGAGAGAAAGGGGUUAAUCUCAAAUUCAUUGAUCACAAGAAUACCAUCAUUGGCUAUCUCCCCUGAUAUACCAUGGCUGGUGCCUUUGUCUGGAAGUUGCCAGGGCAUUAUCCUAAGUCCAUGGUGGAUCCUCUCUACAGCUAACUGCCUGCAUAAAACGAAACUCUCAAACCUAAACAUCUUAGAAGAAGAUGACCAGAAGAGCCCCCUACAUGGCCAAAGAAUUUGCAUCCAUCCCAGGUUUGAUCCCCAAGAUGAAGAAGACACGAUGAAAGCAGAUAUUGGCAUGGUCCUUCUUUCAAAGCCAAUCUAUGGGGAUGAUGUGCCACUAUCUCAUGUGCCCAAUGUAUCCUUGAAGAGCUGUUCUAAAUGCCAUUAUAGAAGCUGCCAAGUGUACCAACAUCAUAGUGACCCGGAGUUUGGAGUCACAGGAGUGAAAAAGAUAUUAGUGCAGCUGCUGGAGCUCUCAGUAUGCCACCCUCAAUAUUCCCACCAUGAGAAGUCUGAUUUCUUGUGUAUUCUGAGCCAGCCAGAUCAAGACUGCUGGGUACAGCAAGCCAGUCCUGUUCUAUGUCUCCUAAAUAACCACUGGGAACUGGUGGGCCUGGUACGUAAAACCUCAAGAAUAUGUCGACAUCCUACAGUCAUCAUUAGGACAGCUCCUUACCUUUCCUGGAUCAAGCAGUUAAUUAAGCAAUCUAUAAUUUUAAUGGAGCGGAGUCCUUCACUACUAGUCAUAAGUUUCCCCCUGAAAAAAGCCAGAUCCCCCAAGAUGACAAUUUUCUAG